AUGGCAGGAACAAGAACGGAGACAGACGCCUUUGGGGCGAUCCAAGUCGCGGCGGACCGGUACUGGGGCGCGCAGACGGAGCGGUCGCUGGAGAAUUUCGAGAUCAACCAGCCGCAGGACCGGAUGCCGCCGCCCAUCGUCCGGGCGUUCGGCAUCCUGAAGGGCGCGGCGGCGACGGUGAAUAUGCAAUUCGGCUUAGAUCCCAUCGUCGGUCAGGCGAUCCAGCAGGCUGCUGCGGAGGUAGCGGACCUGAAGCUGUUGGACCACUUCCCGCUUGUGGUCUGGCAGACGGGUUCCGGGACCCAAUCAAACAUGAACGCGAACGAAGUCAUCUCCAACCGAGCGAUCGAGAUCUUGGGCGGUCAGAUGGGUAGCAAGACGCCGGUGCAUCCGAACGAUCACGUCAACCGGUCGGCGUCGUCGAACGAUACCUUCCCUACCGUGAUGCACAUCGCUGCGGUUCUCGAACUCGAGGAGCAACUGCUGCCGGCUCUGAAGGGCUUACGGGAUGCGCUGGACAAGAAGAGCAAGCAGUGGGAUAAGGUCAUCAAGAUCGGACGAACGCACUUGCAGGACGCCACGCCAUUGACCCUGGGCCAGGUGUUCUCGGGCUAUGUUCAGCAACUGGAUUUCGGCAUCGAGCGGGUCCAAUCUUCGCGGCCGCGACUGAGGAUGCUGGCGCAAGGUGGCACUGCGGUGGGCACGGGAAUCAAUACCUUCAUAGGAUUCGCCGAAAUGAUCGCUGCCGAAGUCACCCAGAUGACGGGCCACAAGUUCGUCACCGCGCCGAACAAGUUCGAGGCAUUGGCCGCGCACGAUGCGAUCGUCGAGGCGUCCGGCCAGCUCAACACGCUCGCGACGUCGCUGUUUAAGAUCGCGCAGGACAUUCGAUUCCUCGGAUCGGGGCCUCGAUGCGGGUUGGGCGAACUGAAGCUGCCGGAGAACGAGCCGGGCUCUUCCAUCAUGCCCGGCAAGGUCAAUCCCACACAGUGCGAGUCCCUGACGAUGAUCUGCGCUCAGGUGUUUGGCAAUCAUACUGCCGUCACCGUAGCCGGGUCCCAGGGCAACUUCGAGCUUAACGUGUUCAAGCCGGUGAUGAUCCGGAACCUUCUUCAUAGUUGCCGUCUGUUGACGGACGGUAUGAGGAGUUUCGAAAAGAACCUGGUGCAGGGAUUGGAGGCGGAUGAGAAGCGCAUUGAUACGUUGAUGAGGGAAAGCCUCAUGCUCGUUACAUGCUUGAACCCCAUCAUCGGCUACGAUAUGGCCUCGAAGGUCGCGAAGAACGCCCACAAGAAGGGCUUGACCCUCAAGGCGAGCGCCAUGGAGCUCCAGGCUCUGAGCGAAGCCGACUUCGACAAGUACGUCCGGCCCGAGCUCAUGAUCGCUCCGAACGAAGCCAAGUUGUGA